CUGAACUUCUGCUCCUGCCUUUUAUUAUAGCAUCACUUCGGUGUAACUUCAUUAAAAUGAAGACCUGCUCACUGUGGAUAUUUGGGCUUCUGUUGAUCAGCCUCACAGCAGCAAAUGGAAUCAACUACUUUCCAGAAAAUUUUGUGGUGGCAAAAAGGAAUGAUGCAAAUCCUGUUACACUGAUCUGCGAUACAAAGACCGGAGGAGCCGUCACAUGGAAGUUUGAUGGCGAAGCGAUGGAGGACGACAGUUUUGAGGACAACAUUCAGCAGAAAGGUUCAAAUCUGAUCCUGUCUGAAGUAGAUUCGCCCAUGUUGGGAGAAUAUAGCUGCUGGAGAGGAGGAGAGAUGUUAUCAUCCACUUACCUGCUGCUGGAGGAUGAGGAUGAGGAUGAGUUAGAUUCAUUUAUCAGCUGUCGAGCAAAGUCUUACGGCUGUAGCUUCAGCUGCACGUGGACCCACAGUAAAUAUGCAGCAGUGCGCCUUGGACUGGGCCACGACUGCCGUCAAGGUUUGAAGUCUUGUCACUGGGUCGACGACAACAAGCAGCUCCUGGAUGGGGGAUUCCAGUUUGAGCUGCCUCACUCCCUCUCACCCUACGCUGAGGAGAGCAACCGGCUGGAACUCACUGCUGAGGCUAUCAUCAACUACACUAUCCUCAGGAGAACCAAGAGCUUUUACCUCAGAGACAUCGUUCAACCUGAUAGUCCCCAGAUUGUCAAGUGUCAGGAGGUGGGUCAGAAUCUGAACGUGACCAUCGAUCCGCCAACCAACUGGUCAACUCCUCACAGCUUCUUCACUCUGGAGCAUCAGAUUGAAUAUGUGCUGAAAGACGAUGGCGAGACUGGACGUUCCUUAUCCCCGCUGAUACCAAAGAGUAUCAGCAAGCUGAGGGUUCGCUGCAGAGACCCUCUGGUGGUCUCAGCCUGGAGCCAGUGGACUCCCUGGAAAAAUGUAAACUGCUGAUAUUGUUUGAAGCCAACACUGUCGGCUCUCGCUCUUUCUGUGUUCUAAUACGUCUGCAACGUCUGCUCAUGUCCUCUCACCUGUUUUUAAUGAUGUGUUCAUCUUUAUGUCCGUUGCUAUCAGUGAUGGCCAAGAGAUAGUAUAGCACCCACCACUCAUUUUGAUUCAUAUUUAUUUACAGAAGAUCAGCAUGACAUUAACUUUAUUUAUGAUUGUACUCAAACUAUUGAUUUUUGUAUGUAUUUAUUAUUUAUUUUAAAUUAAACACACAAAAAAAUGAAAGACAAAGUGUUACAGACAAAAAAACACUACUGCUGACCAAUUUGAAGAAACUAAUAGAAUAUAGACACUAGACUCAAGAUGAAAUUGAAAAAAAUUGUAAGAUUGCAUUUAAUGGGUAGUUUUGUCCAUUUAAGGACACUUAUAACUGCAGAAAUCUACACAAUGCACAAUUUAAUACAAAUCAGAAGUUAAAGUAGUCUGGUUCAGUCUGACCUUUACACAGACUUCCACAUUUCUUGGCUGUUUUUUCUGUAUCAGUGUGUUGGUGUUUCUGUGUAUUUUGGUGGUUUGUGCAGUGCAAACCAAACGGCUAUUAAAAGAGCUUUGUACUUCCUUCCUCAACUGCUGUAUGUUCCUUCCUUAUUUGUGUCUUGCUGACUGACUAAACUAAUAGAAAGUCCCAUUUAUUGCAAUACUGUGUAAACCCACAUGCAUGUACAUCAUGUAUAUUGUGGACAAAGUA